AUGGAGGCUCAGAAGGGGGCGCCCGCCAUGAGUCUUCUGACAGACGGAGCUGAGGCAGACCUGCUGGUGUUCGUUAUCGCUAUCGCACUGUUUUAUCUCAACCUUAUCUCUGCCGAGGGCCAGCGGACCUUCGGCCAGGCCAGUGCUGGGCUUCAGCGCACUUCACACACCCAAGCCAGGUGGAGGUGGUGGGGGGGGGGAGGGAACACACUCGCUCGCUGGCCCAGACAGGUAAAGCGUCUGCCAGACAGGCAAAGCGGCUGCCAUCCUUGCCCCAACGUGGCAGGCGUUGCUCCUCCCCCAGUGCAGCCCCCAGCCCAGUUGGUCUCGCGGCCGCGGUCGCAGCAGGUGCAUACUGGACAGUGA